GCAGCGGGAGGGAGGUGGGUGUUGGGCUCGGGGUCGGCGUGUGAGCGGCGCGAUGUCGGCUCACUGCGUGCAGACGGAGGGCGGCAAGCAGCUCUUCUCUCAGGCCUCGGCCGUCUCCAUCCACACCGGGAACAUCGUCAACUGGAGCCGCCUCAAGAAGAAGUGCCCGACCUCGCCGAGCGAGGAGUUGCAGGACUGUAUCCGUGAGACUCUGGAGAAAUGGAGCACCCAGGUCAACCCAGAGCUGCUGAAGGAUCCACCUGCUACAUUGGAAUGUACCAUAACGCAGGACGUAGACUCAAUAAGCCCCGAGGAGAGGGAGGAGGUGAAAGUGUCAGCAAAACUUUUUCUCAAUGAUCCUGGCUCUUCGGGCAUCAAGGAUGCAGUGGAGAAAGCUUGCUCAGCACUUGAAGUAUCACAGCUGGAUUCUGUGAUACUUGCUCCUCCUCCACUUGCAGAUGGAGCUAGUCUUUCUCUUGCACACCUGCAACCAUAUUGGGAAGAGCUGGAAACUCUGGUUCGAAGUCAAAGCAUUGUAGCAAUCGGUACCUCAGAUUUGGAUAAAGUUCUUUUGGAGCAACUCUAUCAGUGGGCUCAGGUGAAACCUAGCAGCAACCAGGUGAAUUUAGCUUCCUGCUGUGUGAUGCCACCAGAGCUCACUGCCUUUGCUAAAGAAUAUGACAUACAGUUAUUGACCCACAGUGACCCGAAAGAAUUGAUACCCAUGUUAAGUUUUCAAGAGGCGGUGAUUGCCAGCAUGCAAGAUAAUCUGGCAUAUGAAUGGAUAACUAAGUGGGUACUACGAUAUUCAGUAAUUGUUAAAAGCAGAGGAAUUAUUAAAUCAAAGGGUUACUUUGUAUAUGCUAAAAGAAUUCAUUAUUAACAUCUUUCUCAAGCCAGUUAGUUGGAAUAGCACUUUUAUGAACCAAUUUAUGCAUGGUAUGCAAAGGAGGAAUUUCUAGCUGCACUACUGACCAAAUGCCUUUUGAUCCUUCUUGAUCUAUGACUGAAUCCAAGAUAAAUUCUAACGGGGGGGGGGAUGAACUGAAAGGAAUGGUGUGCAAAACCAGAUUGUUUUGCACAUUUUAGUUGGAUUUUAUCUAUUGAUUUAAUUGGCUGUUAUGUUAAACUUUUCCUUUUUUAAAUACUUUUGGUUUAAAGAUAUGUGAAGACUUUUUUUUGUAGUCCAUGUUUUUUUUUUUUUUGGGGACAAGUCAUGGGCGCAUUCAAAAACACACCAAUACAAUGCAAGAAAAUCUUCAGGUAGGUGCAGUUUUAUGGUACACAGUCUACCUGAACUGGCAUCAGUCCAAACCUUUGUGUUCAAAAUAAAUUGGCAAAUAGCUAAGUUAUUGCGACUUAUGCAAUUAAACAUUUUCCAAGUGGUUUGUUAUUGAAUUAAUUUCCGCGUAACUGAACCUGUGCUACUCUACUAAAUAUUGUGAACUUUAGAUUUAUGGGGCAUACAAGGUAGUAAUGUUUCAUAAAAUCUUUUUAUGGUUUACUGCUAUUAUAACCAGAAAGCCUUGACGUGGAGUUAAUUGUAAUGGAGUGAAAUAUUUUAAACUCUCUCCCACAUGCCUAUCUUAAAUUCUCCACUAACUUCAGAUUAGUUAACAUGAGGAUAUGUCUCAACGUGUGAAUUCCAUUGGUAAGCAGAGGUUAGACAACUGGACCCUGGUGCUCGCCCCGAAAAGGCACACAGAAUAACAACAGGCCAGACUCGUCGUUGGUUAAUUUUUUUUUUUUUUUCUUUUUUUUUUUUUUUUUGCAAAUCACUGACUUUAUUUUGUUGAUGCCGCAUUGCUAAUUUUUUGGUUUAACUUUAAAAUUAAGACACCAUUUCUCGUGCAAGAACAAGGCCAACACACAGUUUAUUUCCUGGCAUGCAGCAUUACUGUUCUGUGGUGUUAUCAUUUAGUUGGUGAGUUCAGUGUCUGUUAGCUGUGAUGCAGUGAACUAGAGGCAGGGUUGUCAUCAUAUUGUAGGUUAUAUUGAGUUGGACUGAGUAAAAUGGCAGUGGAUUUGCUACGGGCUCUUUGUCAUUGUGUCAAAUGCAGUGGUGUUGUCCACCAAUAAUUGGUGAAAUGGGUAACAGUACAAAAUGCGGUCAUCAUUCUGCAUGCAUGAUGUAAGCCGCUGGUUUUUGUGGGGCGAAAACCUUUGAAGAAAAGGCUAAGUUCGAAUAUAACAACCACAGGUAGUGGUUUCAACCUACACAUUCAUCCACUUAUUACUCUUGAAAAUCGACCAUAAAUCAUGGGGAUGUACACUGCAGCAUUAUCCUUAAAAGUUGAUUGAAAUUGUAACCUGGGGCUACUUUGGCUAUAACUUGUAGUUUUAAAAUGGGCAAUCAAUUUUGUGCUUAACAUUUUAGGCUGAAGUACUUUACAAGAUUGAAUGUACAGUAGUUCCAAUGAAAUAGUAAAUAUUUGGAAAUAGUGAAUCUAUGAAAAUGUUAUAUUUUGUUUACUUGGCCAUGUAAUGCAUUUUGUGAUUUGCACAUUAAAAGAGUGAUCUAAA